CCAAGGUAACUUUCCUGCUAAGCCAUGUCCUCCCCCAGGAGCGGGAGCUGGAGUGGCGCCCCAUCACAGAGUGCAGCCCCUACGCCCUGGGUGACCAUCUUGCAGCCUUUUCCGUGGACUGUCCCAUCUCCUCUGCCUCAACCCAGCCGUGUCAAGGAAGAUCUGCUGGAGCUCAUGAUGCUGCAGAGCGCCCAGCUGCACCAGCUGCUGUUGAGUCAAAUGGUGGCGGGCGCCCUGAACCCGGGGCCAGAGGGGCCCAGCCCACAGGUCCAUACAGACAGCCAACAGGACCAGGUGGAGGAGGAGAUGGAGGCGCAGGAGCCAGAAGAGCCUUUGGUGUUCCACCAUCACUAUUUGCCGUGCCCUAUGACACUCUGCCCAGUCUCUUUCCUCCCUGUUCCCCCACAUCAACCUCCCUGGCAGGGUGCACCCAGGAUUCAGCCCCAGCCGCCUGCCUCCAGGCAAGGGGAGGUGUAA